CUCUCUUUCUCUUUCUCUCUCUCUCACACACACACAUAAGAAAAACAAAAAGAACACCUUUCUCAACACAAAAAAUGGCGAAACAUGAAAACUCUGAUUUGGUUGUUGCAAUUCUCAUCAUUCUCUUUGCUUCAUCUGUAGCAAAUGCAGCACGAUAUAACGUGCUGAAUUAUGGGGCCAAGCCUGACGGCAGAACUGAUUCAACCAAAGCCUUUCUAGCUGCUUGGAAACAAGCUUGUGGAUCCGUUAAGCCAGCCACCGUGUAUGUUCCAGCAGGGAGAUUCUUUCUAAGAAACGUAAUGUUCCAAGGUCCAUGCAAGAGUAACGCAAUCUUAUUUCAUAUCAGCGGUACCCUUGUGGCUCCUUCAGACUAUCGAGUUAUUGGUAAUGCCGGAAACUGGCUUUCCUUCCAGUACGUCAAUGGUGUUACGGUUUCCGGUGGAGUUCUUGAUGGACAAGGACCUGCUUUAUGGGCUUGUAAGGCCUCUGGCAAGGAUUGUCCCAGCGGUGCUACGUCUCUAGGAUUUUCCAAUUCAAAUAAUAUAGGGAUAAGUGGGUUAACUUCACUGAACAGUCAAAUGUUCCACAUUGUCAUCAAUGGCUGCAACAAUGUCAAAGUGCAAGGUGUCACGGUAUCUGCCUCCGGCCACAGCCCCAACACUGAUGGCAUUCAUGUACAAUUAUCAAGUGGUGUCACAAUCCUCAACUCCAAGAUUAGAACCGGCGACGAUUGUAUCUCAAUAGGUGCUGGUACGACUAACUUAUGGAUUGAAAAAGUAGCAUGUGGUCCUGGCCAUGGAAUCAGCAUUGGGAGUUUGGGAAAGGAUCUCAAAGAGCCUGGGGUACAAAAUGUGACAGUUAAAUCUGUUACAUUUACAGAUACUCAAAAUGGAUUGAGAAUCAAGUCUUGGGGAAGACCGAGCAGUGGUUUUGUGAGGAAUGUACUUUUCCAACAUGCUACUAUGACCAAUGUUCAGAAUCCCAUUGUUAUCGACCAAAAUUACUGUCCUGACAACAAAAAUUGUCCUGGUCAGCAAUCUGGAGUUAAAAUUAGCGAUGUGACGUAUCAAGACAUUCAGGGAACAUCAGCAACAGAGAUGGCAGUGAAAUUUGAUUGCAGUAAGAAGAAGCCAUGCACUGGGAUCAAAUUGGAAGAUGUGAAACUAACUUACAAGAACCAGCCAGCUGAUGCGUCUUGUAACAAUGCAGAUGGAACAGCAUCCGGUUUCGUUCAGCCCUCUAGUUGUCUGUAGACAUAGCAGCACGUUUAAAUGGGUCAUCGCUAUACAACCAUGUAUGGUUGUACAGUGCUUGAGCCUGUGGCGUUUCCAGCAUAUUGUUGCUGCUUGGAGAGCCCGGCCUUGCAAUUACUGCGGGAGUGCAUAUUAUUUGAUGUAGUGGUCUUGUUGUUGCUCUCUUACUAAAAUUGAUUUCAAUAUUUGAUUAUAGAGAUAAUUUUAGUCAUUUUGUUCCUUAUGGUUUUAUAUUCUCG